AUAUCUGAAAUAGCAAAGGCGGAGGAGGAUUUGAAAUACGCCACGAGAUUCGUGAAACCGAUUAUGGGAAUGAUCGGUGCCUGGCCGAUUUCACCGUCUACCUCUUUCUUUUUAAAAGUACUCCAAAGAUUGAAGCAUAUAUUCACAUACUUCCUUUUUUUUCUGAUAAUAAUUCCAACUCUGAUGUACGUGUUCCUGAAAGAGAAGAACAACAAAGUAAGACUGAAGCUUAUGCCGCCGAUUAUUAACUGCAGUAUACAAUUUUUCAAAUAUACGAUCAUUCUCUGGCGGAGGAAAGAGAUCCAAGAAGGAUUAUACGCGAUCAAACAUGAUUGGAUAAAAGCCACGGAAGAGGAAAGAUUGAUUUUUCGCUCGAAAGCGAAGAUCGGAAGAAGGGUAGUUUUAGUCGUUGCGUUCACUAUGUAUGGUGGUGGUUUAUGCUAUCGGAUGAUCCUUCCCCUUCUGAAGGGAACGAUCGUCACUGCUAAUAAUACUACGAUUAGAGCAUUACCUUGUCCCAGUUAUUUCCUUAUUUUGAACGAGCAACAGUCGCCGAUUCACGAAAUAUUGUUCGUGUUACAAAUUAUAGCAGGAAUAGCGAUUUAUGCGGUUAUUUGCGGCUUCUGCGGUAUUUUUGCUCUGCUAGUUCUUCAUACAUGGAGUAUGCUGAGGAUCCUAGUGAAUAAGAUAAAGAAAUUAGUGGAUAAAUCAGAUAUGUCUGAAGUGGUGCUGCAAAGAAAGAUCAUGGAUAUUGUUGAAUAUCAAAUGAAAAUAAAAAGGUGAGUAAAAAUUUUGUGAGAUUGAAAAAUUUAAAAUAAGAAU